CGGCGCCCGGACGGGCUGCGAUACUGCGGUGCUCUUGCUAAAGAUGGAACAUUUGGCGGAAAUGCCGGACAGUUCUGCAGACUUCAUGGCUGGCUCGCAUCGUGGUCACUCCGUGAUCACGUACGACCGCCAGACACUUCUGGAUAUGGACAUAUCGGGCCGUUUUGGACUGAUAGACUUGUUCGACGUGCUAACUAGCAUGGGAAUACGUCGGCGGCUACAUCCAGCGGCCUGUGAAGCAGCGGAGUCUAGUAGCAGCGGGGGCCGUCUACGGAGCAGACGCCAGCGGUGUGAUCGGAAACGCGGAUGCCGAGCGGGGCUUAAAACAAAGCAGAAGGCUAAUCCCCACAGAACACUUCCCUCCAUCCUGCAGCCGCAUUUAAAUGGAAGAUGCGAGACUACUGGUCUAGUGUGCUCAUCAUCACCGUGAAACCUUCUGAUGACGUCAGCAAGCAAGGAGGAGUCCUCCUCAAGUGUCAUUGCAGCCCAACACAAGGACCAAAUCACUUCUCCACUCUCUCUCUGUACUCAAACACUCACAUGAUGCCGUCAUGGCGCUCUAAAAUACGGAAAAAUGCAAGACAGGCUUCUUAGACGCGCCGGACAAAGAACAUGAUUUGGGAACAUUCCUUUUUCUGGAUCUUGGUGUUUGUCAGCCUGCAUCCAUAGAGAAGACGCCGAGGAGACACACUUUCCUCACUUACCACUGGAGCUAUGGAGUUCUCCAAUAGUUCCCAAGGUAACCUCUUCAUCCACCAUGACUACUCUGGCAACAUGACAAAGGACAAUGAGACCAACUCAAGCGGUUCUGAAACCAACUCCAUGGCUUGCUUUCAGCUGCAGAUCCCGCAGGAACUGUUCUUGUCGCUAGGCCUCAUCAGCCUGUUGGAGAACAUUCUGGUGGUGGUGGCCAUCAUCAAGAAUCGCAACCUGCACUCCCCCAUGUAUUACUUCAUCUGCUGCCUGGCCGUGUCCGACAUGCUGGUGAGCGUCAGCAAUGUGGUGGAGACCAUCGUCAUGCUUCUGCACGACCACGGCCUGAUGGACCUGUACCCGGGUAUUCUGCGUCACCUGGACAACAUCAUCGACGUGAUGAUCUGCAGCUCGGUGGUGUCCUCGCUCUCCUUCCUGAGCACCAUCGCGGCGGACCGCUAUAUCACCAUCUUCUACGCGCUGCGUUACCACAGCAUCAUGACCACGCAGCGGGCCGUGACCAUCAUCGCCGCCGUGUGGCUGGCCAGCAUCACCUCCAGCAUCUUCUUCAUCGUCUACCACACAGACAACGCCGUCAUCGUGUGCCUGGUGACCUUCUUCUGCUCCAGCCUGGUCUUCAACGCCGUGCUCUACAUGCACAUGUUCCUUCUGGCCCGCAUGCACUCACGGAGCAUCCCCGCCAACUUUAAUAAGAAGCGGCGGCCUUCUACCAGCAUGAAGGGAGCCAUCACGCUCACCAUCCUACUGGGCGUCUUCAUCGUAUGCUGGGGACCUUUCUUCCUGCACCUCAUCCUCAUACUCACCUGCCCCACCAGCCCCUUCUGCAACUGCUUCUUCCAGAACUUUAACCUCUUUCUCAUCCUUAUCAUCUGUAACUCCCUUAUAGACCCACUCAUCUACGCCUACAGGAGCCAGGAGCUGCGCAAAACACUCAAGGAGCUUCUCUUGUGCUCCUGGUUCUUUGGCUCCGACUGACUUUACUUCAUGACUUUAACUUGUUUGAAACGUUUCGCAUUUUUUGCUCAUUUAAACUUGCUCCAGUAACAACAUUUUACAGUUUUGUGGGACAGGCUGACCGAAAUAUGGAUAAUAUUAUUUUUUUAUGACGAAAGCCUUACUCAAACAAAAACAGAAAUGGACCAAACAAAGUACAGUGCUGUAUUUUUUUGCAGCCAUUAUUGACUGUAAACAUAAAAAUCCUUUCAAUCCUACUUGUAGUUUUAAAAAAGAAAGGCACUUUAAUUUUUUUUUUUUUUUUUUUUUUCUCUCGGCCAACCAAUGCACAGGUGCCUAGCUCCACCACACUAUCGUUACAUCACACUUUAUUUACACUGGCACAAUUGACUAGGAUUUCACAGCAUUUAAAGUAUUUUUUAUUGUAAACUCAAAGUCAUGUUUCUCCUAAUGCAGGGGUCGGCAACCCAAAAUCUUGAAAGAGCCAUAUUGGUCCAAAAAUACAAAAACACAUCUGUCUGGAGCCGCAAAAAAUUAAAAGCCAUAUUACAUACAGAUAGUGUGUCAUGAGAUAUAAAUUGAAUUAUGAGGACUUAAAGGAAACUAAAUGAGCUAAAAAAUAGCUACAAAUGAGGCAUAGUAAUGCAAUAUGUACAUACAGCUAGCCUAAAAAGCAUGUUAGCAUCGAUUAGCUUACAGUCAUGCAGUGACCAAAUAUGUCUGAUUAGCACACUCCACAUAAGUCAAUAACAUCAACAAAACUCACCUUUGGGCAUACGUGCGCAACAUUAUAAGUUUGGUGUACAAAAUGGGAUGGAAAAAAAGUGGCAUAAAACCCGUCCUAGGAAGUCGGAGAAAGUUAUGCAUCUAAACAAACUAGGGUGAGUUCAAGGACCACCAAAAUUAGUAGGACAAAACAGCGCUUGCCAAAUACUCGAAUCAGUGAAGCAUGUUUAAUAUAAACAGUGUGCUUUAUAGCAAUUAGGGAGGCUUGUGUCAUGUUUGUCCUCCUACAGAAACCAAAUUAAAAGAAAAAAUAUGUUUUUUUCCCCUCAUCAUUUCCAUUUUUCAUAUAUUUUUGAAAAAUCUCCAGAGAGCCACUAGGGCGGCGCUAAAGAGAUGCUUGCGGCUCCGGAGCCACGAAUUGCCGACCCCUGUCCUAAUGGUUUCUGUACACUACAUUGCACACUCUUGUACAGUAGGUGGCGGUAUGUUUUUUUUAACCUAAGAGAGUGAAUAACAAUAAAAUUUAAAUUUUGAAGUUACAGAAUAUAGUUGUAAUUAAUUUUACGGUAUUCAGCUAUAAAAUUACAAUUGUGAAGUUACAACAUAUAGUUGUAAUUUUAUUGUAAUUUACUGUAAUAUCAAAGUUCUGCAGUUACAGUAUUGUUCUGUAAAGAUAUUUAUACGAAUAUAAUACAAUUAUUAGCCAACAAUUUGCUGUCAAUUUCCAAUAAGUUUGAACAGUGAUAUUAGAUUUCUAGCACAAGAAUACCAUAGAUUUUUUAGGCUUUAAUUAGGGAUAUUCACAGAGAAAAAACUUGUGUAUAUUGUCGAAAAAAAGGUUUGUCUUCAAUCAUUAUUUUUGUAUGUUGUUCUAAGGACAUACAAAACAGUAUUUUUGUAUUUUACAAAAUACAAUCAUGCAGAUCUAAUUGGCAUAAAAAUAUCCAUUUACCGUUAAGUCUUAACAUUUCACUUCUAAAUACAAAUUUGGUGGAAAAAGGAAAUGUCUCUUCUUAUGUGCGUGCGUGCGUGCGUGCGUGCGUGCGUGCGUGCGUGCGUGUGUGUGUGUGUGUGUGUGUUGUGGGGUGGGUUCACGGUAUUUCGGGGACUGAAGUAAGUUCAUCCAUGACGGUUAAACUGAUGCCUAUCAAUAACGCCCUGUGAUAUAUUGGUCUUACUUGUUUUUUUGUGCAUGACUUAGUGGAUUUCAAAGUCCAAGCAUGCAUUCAGCACUGGAUUCAUGCACUGGAACUGGGUUGAUGCACUGGAACUGGAUUCAUACACUGGAACUCUCCUGUAAAGAACUAACAUCUUAUUGUUAUUAAUAACUAUGAUUAUUUUUGUUUUCUGACAAUGUGAAAUAUGCUGCUUCUGCGUGUUACCUUUUAAAGACUGGAGUGCUCAUAAAAGUAUUAAAAUUGUCACAAAGUAAAUACAAACCCCGUUUCCAUAUGAGUUGUGUUGGAUGUAAAUAUAAACAGAAUACAAUUUGCAAAUCAUUUUGCAAAUUGUUGAAUUUGCUACAAAGACAACAUAUUUGAUGUUCAAACUGAUAAACAUUUUUUUGUUGCAGCAAAUAUUUUUUAGAAUUUUAGAAUUUGAUGCCAGGAACAUGUGACAAAGAAGUUGGGAAAAGUGGAAAUGAAUGCUGAUAAUGUUAAGGAAUGCUCAUCAAACACUUAUUUGGAACAACCCAGAGGUGUGCAGGCUAAUUGGAACAGGUGGGUGCCAUGAUUGGGUAUAAAAACAGCUUCCCAAAAAAUGCUGUCUUUCACAAGAAGUACACCCCUUUAUCGUGUGAACAAAUAGUCAAACAAUUUAAGAACAACCUUUCUCAAAGUGCAAUUGCAAGAAAUUUAGGGAUUUCAACAUCUACGUUCCAUAAUAUCAUCAAAAGGUUCAGAGAAUCUGGAGAAAUCACUCCUCGUAAGCGGCAUGGCCGGAAACUAACAUUGAAUGACCGUGACCUUUGAUCCCUCAGAUGGCACUGUAUCAAAAACCGACAUCAAUCUCUAAAGGAUAUCAUCACAUGGGCUCAGGAACACUUCAGAAAACCACUGUCACUAAAUACAGUUUGUCGCUACAUCUGUAAGUGCAAGUUAAAGCUCUACUAUGCAAAGCGAAAGCCAUUUAUCAACAACAUCCAGAAAAGCCACCGGCUUCUCUGGGCCCGAGAUCAUCUAAGAUGGACUGAUGCAAAAUGGAAAAGUGUUCUGUGGCCUGAUGAGUCCACAUUUCAAAUUAUUUUUGGAAAUAUUCGACAUCGUGUCAUCCGGACCAAAGGGGAAGCAAACCAUCCAGACUGAUGCAAAGUUCAAAAGCCAGCAUCUGUGAUGGUAUGGGGGUGCAUUAGUGCCCAUGACAUGGGUAACUUACACAUCUGUGAAGGCACCAUUAAUGCUGAAAGGUACAUACAGGUUUUGGAACAACAUAUGCUGCCAUUUAAGCGCCGUCUUUUUCAUGGAUGCCCCUGAUUAUUUCAGCAAGACAAUGCCAAGCCACAUUCAGCACGUGUUACAACAGCGUGGCUUCGUAAAAAAAGAGUGCGGGUACUUUCCUGUCCCAGCUGCAGUCCAGACCUGUCUCCCAUGGAAAAUGUGUGGUGCAUUAUGAAGCGUAAAAUACGACAGCGGACACCCCGGACUGUUGAACGACUGAAGCUCUACAUAAAACAAAAAUGGGAAAGAAUUCCACUUCCAAAGCUUCAACAAUUAGUUUCCUCAGUUCCCGAAUGUUUAUUGAGUGUGGUUAAAAAAAAGGUGAUGUAACACAGUGGUGAACAUGCCCUUUCCCAACUACGUUGGCACGUGUUGCAGCCAUCAAAUUCAAAGUUAAUUAUUAUUUGCAAAAAAAAAAAAAAAAAAGUUUAUGAGUUUGAACAUCAAAUAUCUUGCCUUUGUAGUGCGUUCAUUUGUAUGCGGGUUGAAAAGGAUUUGGAAAUCAUUGUAUUCCAUUUAUAUAUACAUCCAACACAACUUCCCAACUCAUAUGGAAACGGAGUUUGUAUGUCAAGCUGAAAUUAAAUUAAUUUAGAUGUUGAAAAAUAGUGAUUGUGUAUAUAUUUGCAUAAAUGAACUGAAGACCAUGUGCUACUAGAAGUCUAAUGUAUAUUGUAUUUUUCUUUCCAAUUAAAACAAAGAGUGAAUGUAAUUUUUGAACGUACUAUAAUGACUGACAACUACAAUAAUGGAUUGACAUAUAAAAUGUGCCUUACAAUUAUUAGAAAUGUAGAUUUCUGAAGAUUGUUUAUUAGACCUAAUUUCUUCCAGUAUGUAACUCACCUUAUUGAUAUGUUGCGCUUUACUAAAGACAUACUGACAGUAAAGUACACCUAAAGUGGCUAACUCAAGAUCCAAGAUUUUACUGUCGAGUCGAUUGUCACUUUUUUUUACCGUAGUUUGACAUCAAACAUAACUUAACUGUGAUUCCUACAUUAAAUUGAAGCUGGUAAUGGUGUGGCUUUGAAAUGUAUAUGUGAACUAUGUGAUAUUUAUGAAUAU